CUGAAGAAGACGGAUGUGUUCAUCGUGAACUAAGCUUCGACUCGUGCGGUCGUAUUCAAACCGUCUAUUGGUUUCGGUCUUUGGCCCUCUGCCGCAAGUGCUCUAGAGAGUGGCAGUGUUUUAAUUUGGCAUUCUGCUGUUUUAGUGAUAUUUUAGAUUUUCAGAUAACAGUUCAAAGUUAUCUAAAACAUAAAAUCAGUGUAAGAAAAAAAGUUCUGUUGUGUGGUGUGAAGAGUUAUCUAGUGUGUUGAAAAUGAGAAAUCCGAUUCUAAUUCUCUGUUUCUUGUUCAUCGGUUAUGUCACCGGUCUUGAAUGGGACGCAAUGAUCACGACCGAUAGUGGGAUCCUGUUCUUCGACAAAAAUUGGACGCAAAUUUCUUCCGGUGGACACCAGUUUCAGCACAUUUCCGCAUUUGCUUAUGACGAAGUUAGAAACAUAAUAUAUUUCAGCGAUGUUAAGGAUCCUAACUUUCGUCUAUUUUCGAUGGAUGCCAAUCCUCAAGAGGAGUAUCACAAAAUCGUUAAACUACUGCCAAAGCUAGAUGAAACUGCGUACAUUACGGGCUUGACAUUCGACCAUCUGGAACGUAAACUGUACUGGACUGAACGGGGGACGCGUUCAGUUUAUUCUAUUGAGGUCGAUAAAUUGAAAACGACAGGUUCAAAUGAGAGCCACACCCUUAUCAAAUUAGUUACUCAAGUCGAGGAAGACCACGAACUGGCAUCUCUGAUAAUUGAUGAAUGCCAAAGGCAUAUGUACUGGACCAAUAGUUUCUUGAAAACUUCUAGCAUAGUUCAAACAACGAUGAACGGAUCGCUACUUAAAUCCCAUCAAAAAGACGUAUACCAGCCGAAAGGUAUCACAAUUGAUCACUAUAAAAAUCGGAUCUAUUGGGUGGAGAAAAAAUACGGCCGAGCAUUCAGCAUUGAAAGUGCAGAUCUGGACAUGGCCAACCCGAAAACAUUCCUGAAUGGGUACGAUAAAGUACCAACACAUGUCUCGUUGAAUAAUCGGUUUCUGUACUGGAUUGAUCAGGAAGAUGGUGAAGUGCACGAGACGUCCAAAACUGAUCCCACGGUGAGUCGAGUCGUUUAUAAAGGUAAUCGUCCAUCGGCUAUCAUCAUUCGGUCUAGUUUUCUGUUGGAAUUCCAAAGAAAUAAUCCUCGAUGCAAGGAUGUUGUUUCCAAAAUUGUGGAAAAUGUCAGACGUGAGUCGGCCGGUGAGGCAUUGCUGACCGAGAAACCAAUUGAAAUGAAAUCGGAAAAAAUCGUUUGUCUUAACAAUGGUAUUUUAAAUCGUAACACAAAUAGUUGCAUAUGUUUGUCGGAGUAUCAGGGUAACUAUUGUGAAAUUCCUAUAUGUAACAAUUUUUGCGUUCACGGAAAAUGUAUCGUCGGAGUGGACAGUCGACCGGUAUGUGAAUGCGAUAUGGAAUUCGAAGGGGAACGGUGUGACCGCAAUAAGUGCGACGGAUAUUGCCUGAACAGCGGUAACUGUUCGCUCGGUGCUUUCGGCGAAACAUCCUGCGUGUGCUCGAAAAAUUUCAGCGGUGACCGUUGUGAGACGGCAAUUUGCACUCCGGACUAUUGCUACAAUGGUGAAUGCCUGGUGGAAGGCGAAGUGCCAAAGUGUAAAUGCAACGUUGGCUACCGAGGGGAACGGUGCGAGGAGUACACUUGCAACAAUUAUUGUCUCAAUGACGGCAAAUGCGUGCUCAAUAACGAAACCAUGCUGGUGGAGUGCCGCUGCAGCCUAGAGUACACGGGGAAACGUUGUGAGAUCCCGAAGCGCUUCUGUUCGCUCGAUUCCGGCAACUCAGAGCUGCAACCGUACUGCGAGGGCAUCGUCAGCUCUAAUCUCCUAUCGGAGCCGCAGGUUAGCUACUGCAAGAACUCUUUCAACCGUACCGUCGUGUAUACGUCGUUGGCUUUCACGGCUUCCCUGCUCAUUUUGGCGGUUAUUCUCUACAUGGUUCGAAGGUUCUAUGAGCAGGGAAGGCCACGCAUCACCAAGCGUUUCAAGGUGACUAACCACACACAAAUGACGUCGCGACCUGCAACGCAGUGUGAGAUUACGAUUGAGAACUGUUGCAAUAUGAAUGUGUGCGAAACGCCUUGCUUCGACACCAAGCUGCUGGCAAAGGCAUCUUCAAAGGCAGAUGACAAGCAGUAUUUGUUGGACGAUAUCGAGAGCCUAGCAGGUUCCUGUCGUAAGCUGCCCAGCUGUGGUAAUGAAAAGAAUUUGUCAUGAUUAUUUCGAGAUUGAGACUGCUAACGAGGAUGUUUUCCUUAUGUAACGAGUAUGGCGUUGUUUUCUACAGCGGCAGCUGUAAAAGUGCGAUUAAAUAGGUUUAGCUGUGGCGGAAAAUAAUGCCCCAAAACUGAAAUCUCUCCAGACGUUACCGAUAUACAAUUUAGAUAGCUGUGAACUAAUUUAUGUGAUUAGUCGAUAGGGUCGAACGGCGCUAAAUAUGCAAUAGUAGUAUGAAUGUGAGGUCCAUUUCAUAUAAUAAUUUGUAUAUUGCUUAUAAUUGCUUUUGUGGGAAUUUUUAUGCAGUACUUAUUUUAAACAUGUUUGUUACCUGUGGUAAUACAGCUUACCUGAUAUGGAAAUAUGCUUAGAAAUCUUAUCGACUGAAAUUUAUACUAAUUUCAGGAUGAAGGCUGGUACCGAUAAGCCAACAAUGAACUUAUGAUUAUGUACUUUUUUCACGACGAAGCCCAAAAAUAACUUUUUCGUUGGUAACACAUGCUCAUUUCAUAUUAUAUUCAGCAAAUAAUGCUCUCGGUUUAAUGGGUACAUUACAUUUUGUAUCAACUUGGCUAUUAUUUAUAUGAAAAAAAAGGAAGUACAGAAACAGGGGGUCAUGCCCAUUUGGCAACACCUUUUUCAGGCAAUAAACCGUCCAGUUUUUUUGCUAGUGUUAAAAACACCUGCCAAAUUUGUUUUCAAACUGUUUAUUUCAAAUUUUAUUAACAACUCUACAUAUAUAUUUUCGGAGUUUUCUGGACGCUUCUAAACGCGUUCGUAAUUUUAUCGAGAUUUUUACAAUCAACCGAUAACUAUAUUGGCAAAUACACCGAAAAUACAUGAAAAGGGACUAUAAUUCAUGUUUAGUACCAAGUUAUAAAACGCAUUUUAGUAUACUACGACUACCGGUGAUUACAAGAGCGUAACAUAUGCUGUUAUUUUAAUUUAUUCAUCGAGAAUCCUUUAAUUUCUCUACCCAUUUUUUUGAACUAAAAACGAUUCGUUCUUAGUUCAAAAAUUGCAACUCUGAAAGAAGGAAAAGUGUUUGAUACUUAAUCGUUGAUCUUACAGCUGGAGUUAAUGUACAUUACACCUAGACGGAGGACGAUUGAAACGCAAUUGUUACGCUCUUACCAGUCUCCCUCCCAGAAUCAUGUCCCAGGCGUUAUCAACAAACAUAAUUCAUAAAAACUGCAUAUACACUUGAGCUUAUACUUUAUUUAUACAACAAACGCGUUACAAUUGCCAUGAUUAACUAUAGUGACGGGUGAUGGACAAAACGCAGGCGCGCACCGCUCGUGUACUCCAACAGAUGAUCAAAUUAAGGUAGAUACCUAUACCAAUAGUACGGAUCACAUCCAGACUCGAACUGUCGCAAAUUGCGACUUGCAAUAAACCUUUCAUUACUGCAGCUACAAAAUACAAAUAUAAACCAGAAGAUGUUCAAAUGCUCAAAACAUCGAAUCCGCCAAAAAAUACCAUAGAUAUGCCAAUAAUUACUAAUUUUUGCAGCUUACCACACAGAACGCUAUACAGUUUAUGUUAAUUUCAGUUGCUUGAUAGUUCCUUUUAGUCCAAUAAUGGUUUGGUAUUAGUUUCUAGUUUAGUAAAAUCAAAUGAAUGUCUUGCUUAGUGUAAUGAACAAAUAUCAAAUUGAUAUUAUAUUGCUGAUGAGAAGGGUAAAUCAAAUAAGAUUAAUGUGCAAGUAGUUUUACACAUUUUUAAUUGACGAUUUUUUAUUUUACGUUACAACGCUUUUUUCUGAAAUAGUUCUAAAAAAUGGCGUACUUAACAUUUUUGUCGUCUUUGGAAUACUUAAGUCUAUAGUCCAGAAUUUUCAAACAGCCCGAUUACUUAAUUGUUUUUCUACGGCAUUCUAUGCCAUACGAUUUCAAAAACGAUCGCGGUAGCUCCAAGCAAAACAUACAGCCGAUUGCUUCAAGCAAAAGCUUAAUUCAACUACGUGGAUUUAUUUGGUUUUUGAUUUGAUUUCGUUUUGGUUGUUUUCCUUUCAAUCUAUACAGAAUGUGAAUGAAUGGGACUUAAUAAAAUAAGUUGGAUUCCGAGAUAAUAUAGGAAUUUUACAAUGAAAUCGUCAAGACUUAUAUAAAAUAUCCACAUAAGAAAUGUGAUAUUUGUAUAAAUUUUAAAUAGCGUGAUUCAUUUGAUGAAUUGAUAUGUUAAAGUUUUGUAAAUAACAUUAGCGUAACCAAUAAAAAU